AUGCCGUGGUUCGUGUGCGAGUCGUGCGGGGACACGCUGAAGAAGCCGAAGAUUAAGGCGCACUUUAACCGCUGCGCCGCCGAGGCGUUCAGUUGCAUCGACUGCAGCGCGACGUUCGAUCGACGGAGCGUGCAGAAUCACGUGGCGUGCGUGACGGAGCACGAGAAGUACGCGCUGGGGGCGACGAAGGGGGCGGCGGGACACGAGCGGGCGCGAGCGGUGGCGGCGGAGGGGACGGAGCGACGCGGCGGGGACGGCGGCGAGACGUUCGGAGAGGAGUUCCUGUCGACGAGGCCGCCGUGGAGGUGCUCGUGCUGCGGGGUGUCGUGCACGAGCGAGGAGACGCUGUCGGGGCACGCGAGCGGGAAGAAGCACAAGAGUAAGGCGAGGAGCGCGAGAGCGCGGGCGGCGGGCGAGACGCCGGGGAACGCCGAAACGGCCGAGGCGGUCGAGGCAAAGGCGAAGGAUGAACGCGUUGAAAAGAAGGUGAAGAAGGAGAAGAAGGAGAAGAAGGAGAAGAAGGAGAAGAAGGAGAAGAAGGAGAAAAAAGGGAAGAAGUCUUCCGAAAAGGAUUCAUCCGACGACGGACCGAAGCGCAAAAAGGCGAAGAAGUAA